UCACAUGUCAUGUGACAGUGUGUCUGAUGAAGACGUGAAUAAGGAACUGUUUCCUUUACAUUGUUUUUCAUCAUAUAGUGAGUUUAGAGUGUGCAGAGGCGGACAAAUGGGGUUAUUAAUAUAUCUGAGUUUAAUGUGGAUGUUCUUAUUAGCUUCUACACUGCCUUCUAAGGUAAGAAAAACAGGUGAAUUCGGUGUUUUAUUUUGAGACAUUCCUGAAAUACCCGGAUGUAUAAAGCUGUAUUGACUUUCUUUAGAAUCUAAAAUCUACCUACAGACAAAGAAUACAUUUUGUUUAGUAGAAUUUGCACCAGUGGUUUCAAAGAUAAUGUCUGAUCAGUUCUGUGCACACUGGGACUAUACUGUAAGGUUUCUGUUAUCUCUAGUAUAAUAAUCCAGUGCUGAAUUGUUCAUCUAAAAGCCUUUCUGUUUCAUAAACAUCCUCACAUUUGAAGUUUAAAGAAGAGAACUUCUUUGACAUGAAUGUCUUCAGUCAUUUUCAGAAACCAGUUUAUCCUGGUCAGAGUGGUGGAGGAUCUGGGGUCCAUCCUAGGUGGGAUGCCAGUCCAUCACUGGGCACCAUACCAGGGUUUUCCACUUGUCAAAAAUAAAAGGUGGUGGACGGGGUGGGGCCCCGGGGGACAAAGUCCCCCUGAAGCUGACGGGCUUUGGGCUAUGUCCAGGGCUCGAAAUUAACUUUUUUUCUUUGUGUCCCCCAGUGGUCCCAAAUUCUGUGUUGUAUUGUCCCGAAUGGAAGCAAUAGUGUCCCCAUUUUUUCCUCUCUGAAAUAACCAGUGGUUAAUAUUAUCAUAUGAAGUUACUAUUAUAUUUGUAACUAUGCGAUUUUGAACCCUUUAUAUCAUUUUUACAAUAAGUCACAAGACACAAGCGACACAUGUCCUAUACAUCAUCUACUUCAAAAUUACAGUUAUUGCAUUUUCAGUUUAUUAAACUUUGGCGAUCUCACUGUAUGAAUAGAUACCCGUUUAUUUAAAGGGGCCAACUAGCUCAUUCAGAAAAUGUUUCAACUCCCUACAUCUGCAGUACACUUUAGUUGAAAAUAAGACCCCUUUUAUGUUCAUUUCAUCUACUUAUACCUUGAAUAUCUGUUGGCACUUAUAAGGCCAACUUAUCAUUUUCACCAUUAUCGUUAUCCAUUUUUAUGAACUUUCCGUUAUCCAUUUUUAUGAACUUUCCGUUAUCCAUUUUUAUGAACUUUCGCUGCCGGGUGCAAAUGUUAGCACCAUCAGCAUAGUGGCAGGUCCGAGCCUAGUUGUGCUGCUGACUGACUAAACUUUCUGAACUAGAAAGACACCAAGAAAACUCACUUAUUCUGUUGAACGGUAUCUUCCGUCAAUAUCAUCCACAUCAUUCCUGUUGUAUUUUAUAACGUGUCUAACAGUGUUCAUUCAGUUCAUUCAGUUGCUAGCGUUGCCUGCAGACCAGGCGAUGACACUUUGGAUCCUGAAGGUCCCGGAGACGUUAUGUCUGGGCUUUCAGUUUCUUCCCCGCGGUCGGUCCGCUUCAACCACUUCAGCAUUUUUGUUCUGGCAAGAGUCGGCGCAGCGUGUGCGGUAGCAAUUCCAUUCCAAGUCCAUAUAAUGCGGACUCCGGCCGAAGAUUCUAGAACAGAAUGCGCUGCUCUGUAGCCUACGGAUGCAGGUGCAUCGAAAGUGUAGCUACUAUGUAUUUUUCGCUGUUAACGUUUUAAAAUUGACAAAUUAGGUGAAUGUCUACGUAUGUGUUACGGCUUUGUAAAUAAUAUUAAUGUAGAACUUUUUUUCUAGAUCUAUUUUUUUUCCAUUGUCCCGGGAUUGUCCCAGAUAUGAUAAUUUUGUGUCCCGAUGACAUUUUUAUGGUCCCCGGGACACCGUUAGUUUCGAGCGCUGGCUAUGUCUGGUUGGAAUCUCGUCUCAUCUCAUCUUAUCUCAUCUCAUUGGCAGCACGGUGGUAUAGUGGAGCGUUUCUCAACCAUGGUGCCGUCAGAGAAUAUUCUAAUGUUGAAAUAAAUAAAAUGAAUUAAAAUUCCAAAAAACGAUAGAUCAAAAUUUGUCUCACGGCCCCCUUUCCCAUGUCACAACAUCACUGCCGGGGUCAGCGUGACUGCGUAUAUUUUAUAUGGGGGUACCUUGAGAAUUUGCAUACUUCUGAAGGGUGCCGUGACUGAAAAAAGGUUGAGGAACACUGGUGUAGUGGUUAGCACGGUUGCCUCACAGCAAGAAGGUUCCGGGUUUGAACCCAGCAACCGGCGAGGGCCUUGCUGUGCGGAGUUUGCAUGUUCUCCCCGUAUCUGUGUGGGUUUCCUCCGGGUGCUCCAGUUUCCCCCACAGUCCAAAGACAUGCAGUUAGGUUAACGUGGGGUGGCCUUGGGCUGAAGUGCCCUUGAGCAAGGUACUUAACCAGUGUUGCCAGAUACUGCUGACAUUUUCCAGCCCAAAAUAUGUUCAAAACCCGCCAAAAUGCACUUGAAACCGCCCAAUCUGGCAACACUGUACUUAACCCCUGACUGCUCCCUGGGCGUUCUGGUGUGGUUGUUCACUGCUUCAGAUGGGUUAAAUGCAGAGGAUGAAUUUCACUGUGCUUGAAGUGUGCAUGGGACAAAUAAAGGUUUCUUCUUCACAUCGCUCCUGUGGAGUUUGGCCCCAUCUAGACAGUUGAAAGUCAGACUUGGAAGACGCUCUGGACACUUACAGUAAUGCUUUUGUGGCUGAGAACUACAGUCGACUUGCUAACUUUUUAGGACUGCAGUUGUCAUGAACAGUUUUGCACUCCAGUUUCCGUUAAUGAAGAGUUUAUAACAUCAACAAAACUGACUUCAUGUUAAAACUGUUAAUGUUAGGGUAGUAUCUCACUGGGCUGCGACAGCCUGUGACUAGUUGGAGACACAACAAUUGCGAUAAAAUAUGCAAAUUUGCGAGAAUUUUCACUUGGAAUCACACUGAAUUGAUAUUCGCAUAUUUUAUCGCAAUUGUUGUGUCUCCAACUAGUCGCAGGCUGUCGCAGCCUAGUGAGAUACACUCGCACUUCCUGUCUCACGGAAACUGACUUGAGAAGGGUUCGUGAUGGCUUUGCGACACCAGCGACGCAUUUGCAGCUAUUUUGAGAGAAAUUUUGUCGCACUAAUUUUUUGAAUACGUUCAAAAUUUCAGCAAUGAAGGAGCGACACUUUGCGACUCAUGCGAGGAAAUUGAGAAGCCCCGUGAAUGUUUCAAGACACUUUUGAAACUCUCUCGCGAAUGACGUUAGCAAUUUGCCGCAAGCAGUAAUGCUUUUGUGGCUGAGGACUCCAGCUGGCUUGCUAACUUUAGGACUGCAGUUGUCAUGAACAGUUUUGCACUCAAGUUUCCAUUAAUGAAGAGUUUAUAACAUCAACGAAACUGACUUCAUGUUACAGUUUUUCUCAAUUCCUAAAACACUAAACCCUAGCCUGGGAAAUCCCAUGCUGCUUUGCACAAUCGUUCCGAUCUGAAAAGACAGCAUGGAAACUAUGGUCUAAAGGCUCGCCUGAGUUAGGGAGCCAAUCAGAGAGUGGGGAGGGGUGGAAAGAUGGUGACACGUACUACUCGACAAACGGAAGCUUGUAGUUUAUUUGGGACUGUUUACGGAUCACAUUUAACAUGGCGGCGAGCGAUACGAACCAAACUUUCGAUCAAGCUUUGUCUUGCACAAAUGGCAGUAAUCGUUCGGUGCCAUUGUUUUCCUAUUUUUGUUUUGCCUUCUCUUUCUCCUUCCUUCUCUUCUUCGUCGCUCUAACUACGUCACCGGGUACAACUGCCAUGAUUGGCCAUGGGCUACGUAUACGCCAAAUGAUAGACAUUCGCAACGUCCAAUAAACGGCCGUUGACAAUCAUAAACCACACCUCCCCUACGAGAAAUUCAAUAGGCGGAUUCCAGACCAUAUUUCACUUGUGAUAUGGUCUGGUGUUAACCAGACUAACUAAACCCUAUUGUCUGAACCAAAUGCUCAGUUGCCUGAACCCACUGAUUGAAUCAGUCACUCUUUUGGCAAAACCAUAGGCACUUUUCACCUGUUUAGACACAACUUGCCAACACAUUUUCAUUGUGACGCACCUGUGCUGCAUAAUGGUGAGCACAGGUGACAAAAGUCAAACAAUUAAAGCACAGGUGUCACCACUUGAACACAACAGCUCAAAAUUGAUCACACAUUUGGCUAAUGAUGUGAGGGAACAUAUAAGCCAGUUCAGAGAGCACUGGUUUGUGAGGCCCUACAAUGGAUAGAAAUCUGAGAGGAAGAGUUCGUGUGAGAGGAGGUCGAGGUGAUCAGCGAAGACAAAGAACAGUAAUAUCUGAUGAAAUCAGAGCUACUGUGAUUGACCAUGUUCUUGUCCAUGGUAUGAGCAUGAGGGAGGCUGGAGAAAGGGUGCAACCAAACAUCAGUAGAUUCGCUGUGUCCACCAUAAUCCGAAGAUUUAGAGAAGAGAACAGAAUUGAAAGACUGCCACAUGGGGGUGGGAGGACAGGUAUGUUCUCCCCACACCAAGAGACCCUAAUUGUUGAUAUAGUCCAUAAGAACAAAGCCGUUAAACUGAGUGAAAUUGAGCAGAAGAUCAUUGAGGACCAUGUAAAUUUUGAGGGUAUCAGCAGUGUCAGCCUCUCUACUGUUGAUCGUGUCCUCAAGCGCAACAGACUGCGCAUGAAACAGCUGUACAGAGUGCCCUUUGAUCGCAACUCAGACAGAGUCAAAGAGCAAAGAUUCCAGUAUGUACAGAUGCAGAUCAAGCCACUGAUUUAUGAUGAGCAGUUGCUGUGGGUGAGCAACGGAGCAGGCCAGGUGAACACGUAUCGUGUUCCUCUGCUAACAUUCACUUCUCAAGGCAACCUGCUGGCCUUUGCUGAGGCGAGGAAAGACUCGUCAUCUGACAUCGGGGCAAAGUUCAUUGCAAUGAGACGCUCUACAGACAAAGGACUUACCUGGUCUCCGACAACCUUCAUAGUGGAUGAUGGCAUUCUGGUGGAUGGCUUGAACCUUGGCUCGGUUGUAGUGGACGAGCAAAGACGUUCCGUGAUGCUGAUCUACUGUCUGUGCUUCCACCAGUACCAGUGCAGUACCUCCAGCACCAUGUUAGUGGAAAGUCUGGAUGAUGGUCUGACCUGGAGCAGUCCUCGUAAUCUGUCUGUCCAGCUCGGGGUGAAGAGCUUCGCCCCUGGGCCGGGAUUCGGCAUUCAGAAACGCUUGAGUCCAGCAGUAGGACGUUUGGUGGUGUGUGGUCAUGGCACCAUCGAGGGCGAUGGGGUUUUCUGUAUCCUGAGCGACGAUCACGGGCAAACGUGGAGGAACGGCGGAUCGCUGAAGAGUAUCCCGUAUAAUCAGCCCAAACAGAGCUGGGACUUCAACCCUGAUGAGUGUCAGCUGGUGGAGCUGCAGGAUGGAAGCAUCAUGAUCAACGUGCGGAACCAGAAUAACUACCACUGCCACUGCAGGAUAGUGGUGCGGAGCCUGGACGGAGGAGAGACUCUGCCUGUAGAGGAGCUGAGGUUCGACAACACACUGGUGGAUCCCAUGGUGGCGGCUGGAGCUCUGCAGAAGGAAGGGCUGCUGUUCUUCAGCAACCCGGCCAACACCCAGAAGAGGGUGAACAUGACUCUCCGCUGGUCUUUUACUAACGGGUCAACGUGGGAAAACGAGGCCAUGCAGAUCUGGGCCGGGCCAAGUGGAUACUCCUCCAUGACAUCUCUCGUCAGCAACUCUGUAGAAGAUAAGAAGUACAUCUACGUCAUCUAUGAGAAAGGCCACAUGGAGUCCAUUGAAACCAUCUCUGUCGCCAAAAUCCACCUGUACGGUGGCAGAUAGAGCGAGAGGACCGUGCACUGCAGGAAAGAAAAAAGGGAACAGAAGUGACCAUUUAUCAAAAGUUACAAGAAAUUCAAGAGUGGAACGAAGGUGUGAUUUGAAUUUGCAGUAAACUGCUGAGGAUUGUCCGUUUGCCGCACGUGGCCAGCAAUUGUCAGUGAUGAGCGAUUUCUGAAAAAUUCCACCUUUUCAACACCGUACAUAAUCCAGUACAAAACUCGUUGUACACAUGGACAGGAAAAAUGGGAAAAGUCCUGGACACUGCUUGAUCCACUGUCUUCUAAAACUACAAACACCUGAAGUCUUGAAGGGGAAAGAAGCCGUGUGUGUGUGUGUGUGUGUGUGUGUGUGUGUGUGUGUGUGUGUGUGUGAGAGAGAGAGAGAGAGAGAGAGAGAGAGAGAGAGAUUUUUUAAUUUAUACAGUGGUGCUUGAAAGUUUGUGAACCCUUUAGAAUUUUCUAUAUUUCUGCAUAAAU